UACCCAUGUAUAAAUAACAUAAUUAUUUUAUACGACUCAAAUUGAUAAUAUUAUACCUAUUAUAUUAUUUAUUAUGAGCAGUAUAUUUAAAGAAUGGCUAAUACACCAAUUAGGUGUAGAGAUAAAUUCCUUACAUCCAAAUAAUUUAAGUUCUAAGUUUCAAAAUGGAAUGCUAAUUGGAAAAAUACUUCUGAACUAUUGUUUAGUGAGUUCAGACGAAUUUUCUCUAUUAAUCGACCAAGAGAAUGAAGAUAUAAAAAAAUCAAACUUUCGACACCUAGAAAUGUGGUUGAACAUGUUACAUAUUCCGAUAGAUAAAGAUACUGUUUCUGGAAUAAUACGCGGAGAAAGUUCAAUCAUUAUUGCAUUUUUGUAUAAAUUGUGUUUUCUCCUUGAAAGUCCUAGCGAUUUAAAUAUAAUUGGACAAGCCAAAAAAUUAUACAAAUCGCUCGGAGGUUAUGAUUUCUCCCAUAGUAUAGUGACAUCUGGAAAAAUUGUCGAUUUGUCAUACAAGAAACCGCCAAUAAUUCAGAAACGUAUUGAUAAAAAAUAUUAUGGAAAUCAUAGCACAUCGAAUGAACUUGAUAAAAUAGCUUCUUUUGAGUGUAGCUUAUCACAAAAAAUAAACAGAUGGACUGCUAGAGGAUACCAGUCUUGUAAUAGAUAUUUAUUUGACAUUAAAGCUCGAAAAGAACACUCAAAAAUAUAUGAAUUAUGGAGAAAAGAAACCACUAAUGAAUAUCUAGCAAAAAACUUGGAAAAAAAUAGUUGUCAAAACCAAGACGUUUUGAGGAAUAAAUCUAUAUUGAAUAGGUUUAAUUGUAUGUCUCAUCGUGAAGAAGAGUUAAUAAAUAAAGUCGAUGAUAUCAGAGUCACUACAAAAAAACUAAAAACAUUUAUAGCUAAUAAUGAUGUGGAGUUUAUUAAAAAUAAUAUAGUUCACACAAAAUAUGAGAUAAGUGAAGAAAACAAAUUAAAUAUGAAAAAAAAGCUUAUAGAAAGAAAUAAUGAUUUAAAGAACAAAGAAAAGACGAUAAUCGCGAAAAGUGUAGUUCGAGAUUUGGUCGAUCUUAGUAUCAGAAUUGCUACUUUCAAAAAAGCAUAUGGCGAUAAUAUUUCUAAAUAUUUAAUGAGUAAUUGGAUACACAUGUUUAUCAAAGGACGGCCUUUGUUAAACAUACUAGAUGGUACACUGGGGCUUUUACUAGAUAACGUUUUUGUGGCCGAGAAUCAACCUUAUACUGACGAAGAGUUAAAAACCCAGUCUAUACUUGAUCAUAAAGAUGUUAUGGACUAUUUGGAAAGAAAGAACGAUUGGUCUGAACAGCAGCUAGGUUUAAAAUCUGACUCUCAUACAAUAGUUUGUCGAGCACUCGGGUUCUUGGUCUACGAUGUUUUCACUUUGUAUUAUACCCUACCGCCGUCGUUGAUUUCUAUAGAAGAUUUUGUAAUUGGGCCAGUCUUCGGGGUUUUAAAUUGUGAAAUCAAGGAUUCAUUUAAACAAGAUAUUUGUAAUGCGCUUAUUAAACGGAACAUACUUCCCGUGUUACCAAUAUCAGCUUUGCAGUAUUGUUCUAGAGCUUAUUGUCAGCUAACAGAUAAUGAUGAAUUAUUAGAAAUAUUAGAAGAACCGGUCGAUCCUGCAGAUAGUCUAGACGAUAAUAAUAAAAAAAAUUCAGAAUACAUCUUUACUGACAAUAAAUUAGUCCCCAAGAAUUCAACACUGCUAAAUGAAAAAGAAAAGUCAAAACAAACACAAACAAAUUGGAAAUUUGAAAAAUAUCACGAAUUAGUAGGAUGCGGAAAAACUGCAUACAUUAAUAUUUAUAGAGGCAAACCUCUACCAAAAAAUUGCCUAAUUGACUGUGUAUUAUAUUAUAUAAAAGCAAAAAAACUGCCUGGAGGUUGUGUAUUCCUAGGAUUUUCAAAAGAAGAUAUAAUGGUUCUAGAAGAAAGGUUGUCUAAUAGAAAUUCUCCGCCUUUUGGCACACAUGACUUUAUGAAAGACAUAAAUCCAACGAUACUUGCUCCGUUCAAAGGACCGGAUUUAGUUGGUAUAGGACGAUACGCGUCCUCAUUUACUAGAUAUUUAAAGAUUGUAUCUGAUGAAUAUCAAUUGGAUAAAUUUUGUGAUUUAAAUGAGUAUUAUAAAUCUCAUAAAAUAUUUACAUUUUUACAAAGUAAAAAUAAAGAUAUAGACUUGGAUGAAUAUAAGAUUGAAUUAAUAUGUAAUGCUUUAACUGGUCAACAUGUGAACUGGUCUGAAGAGAGUAAUUGGGUAAAUUGUAUUUAUGAUUCUCACAAUGACCAAGAACAUUAUGAAGGCCCAAAAACGUCGAGUAAAUUUGAUUUAGUACAGCCAAUAAAAGUACAAAAAAGUGUGUUCAAAAGAAAAAGAUUGCAUGGAAAAUCAGAAUUUGAAUACUUGGAUUAUAUAUCAUCCAGUAAGGUAAACAUGAUUUCAAAUGAAUUAGUCGACUCUGUAACAGUUAUAACUAAACCUGAAGAAGUUAAAUCAAAACUGUUCAAUGUACAAAUCAAUGCUGACAUUGGAGCGGUAUUAGCACAGUUCUGGACAUCAAUGGAAAAUAAUUUUGUUCAGAACAUGGAAUGGUGUUUCUUUCAUAGAAGAAUACUUAUUUCUAACCAAAUUCCUUAUAUGUCUUCAAUAAAUAACUAUGUUAAUGAAAUACUAAAACAACCAAAUAUAGAAAAAAUAGAACUCGUUAAAUUAUUACAAUCUGAUUUGUUGAAAAUACCUAAUGACGCACUGAUGAGCCCUGAUUUAACUACACAAUUGCUUUCGACAGUAGAGGAUACUAGAGUUAUUUUAACAGAACUGACAAAUCAUAAAAUAAAAGAUUGUAAACAAUUUAUAAAAAAUGUAAACAUUGAUAGAAGUCUUGAUAAUACAAUGAAUUCGAUGAUUUUAGUUUAUAAACAUAUGUUACAAACCGAGGUUGAUCGAACAGUGAACACCAUACUAUUCAUUCAUUCAUAUAUGGCUAAAGUAUACAAUAAAAAGUUAACUUUAUCACUAAUUCCAAAUCAUAUUGGAGUUUCGUUAUCAAAAGAGCAAGAAUUUAAAGCAAAGGAGCCAGAACAAGUGGCAAGUGUUGAAUAUUAUUUCAAAUGGUUUGAUGCCACUGUAAUCAUGGUUCAAAAUAAACUCAGAGGUUCAUUAAAAUCUACAUACGAAUGGUUAGGAGAAAUGAAAAAAAUACACAGUGAAAAUUCAUUAGAAAGCAGUACUAUAUACUUGAAAAUAUGGAAAUUUUUGGUAGAUAAGGAGAAUUUCAGAUCAGCCGAUCAAUUAAAGUUGAUUUCAACUAGAUUUCAUGAAGAUAUUAAGGAAAUGGAAAGUUAUAUCACACAAUAUCAAUUAGAUAUGAAUCAACGAAUAGAUGAUUGUUUACAAAAUGAGAUUUCCGGUAUUGAACGUAUAUGUAAUUUAUUUGAAGCUGCUAUAAAUGAGAAACAAUACGUUCGUCAUGAAAUUAUAUUUGUCAAUAAUAAUUUUUAUUUGAAUGCCGAAAAUGUUCUGCAACCGAGCAAUCCUCCACCACAUCCUUUUCCUUUAUUAGAACCAGAAGAUCUAUGUAUUGUAACUAUUCAUAAUCUAAAGACAAUUACAAAUCAAUUAAUGACAAUUUGUCCAAACAAACGUAUUUCUAUAGUUGCACUUUCCAAUUGGUUAAAAUCUUAUUUAAAACAUCAUCCAGAAAUUGAGUGGUUUAAUACAGCACAUUUUGUGUUACGUACCAUGUUUGGUUUCAAUGUUAACUUUAUUGAUUGGUCCGAUUUUAUUAUACAUUGUUUGGAACUUCCUUACCCUAAUGUUGAUGAUUUGUUAUAUCUCAAAAACCAAUACUUGGAAUUGGAGAAAAAUAGACAAAAAAAACCUAAUCAAAACUAUAUAGAAGGUACCAUAGAUAAAGAUGAAUUUGAUUCAGUUUUGCUGUGGUAUCAGAAAACAUUACCACCAAAUCCUUCGAUUUAUUUUAGAUUUAUAAAAAUUAAAGAGUUAUUGUUUAAAACAUUUUCUAUUGAUGGGAAAUUGGAUUAUACCGCAAUGUUAUUAGCUUUAUGCAAAGACAACCACUCGAUUAUGGGAUUAAUAAAAGCUAUCAGCUUAAUAACAAAUCAAAAAAUUAUGAAUGAUGAAUCUAAUAAAUGGAAUGAAAAGCAUUCGAUUGAUUUGUCUAUAGAGACAGUAUACAAGAUUUUAAUGAUUUGUCUUAAAAACUAUAAGGAUCCCAGCAAUAGUGAUAUUGAAGAUUUGGUAACUUCUAUACUAAAUGUAGAUAGUGAUAUGCUUCAAGAUAAUGGUGAUACAUAUUCUGUAUUAAAAUUACUUCAGAAUAAUGAACUUAAGUUGGUAUCUGAAAUUGGAUUUAGAUUUAAUUCAAGACCUUUGUCUAGUAUUGUGAAUAGUCUUAAAUGAUUAUAAUGUUAUUAUAUUA